AUGGCGGGCCCGGGGGCCUUGCUGCCGAAGACGGUGCCGGCGCCCUCCAGCUGCUGGUACCGCGCCUCCACCAGCCGCUCGUUGCCCCAGACGGCGAUCAGUGCGUGGGAGGUGCUGCCCGACAAUACCCUGCGGAUCAACCGGCUGCGGGUGGAGGACGAGGGCACCUACACCUGUGUCGCCGACAACAGCGUGGGCAGGUCGGAGGCGUCGGGUACCCUCACGGUGCACGUGCCCCCCCAGCUCGUCACUGGGCCCCGCAACCAAACCGUCACCCCCGGCCAGAGCGUCACCUUCCAGUGCCAGAGCAAGGGCAACCCGCCGCCCGCUGUCUUCUGGCAGAAGGAGGGGAGCCAGACCCUGCUGUUCCCCGGCCAGCCCCCGCACCCCUCCAGCCGUUUUUCGGUGAGCCUCACCGGCGCCAUCACCAUCGCCGACGUGCGGCCCGCCGACGCCGGUUAUUACCAGUGCCAGGCCAUCAGCGUGGCCGGCAGCGUCCUGGCCAAGGCGCAGCUGGAGGUGGAAGGGGUGCCGGCUGAACACCAACCGCCGGUGAUCCGCCGGGGUCCCGCUAACCGGACGGUGCUGCCGGUGGGGGCCACGGCACAGUUACCAUGCUGGGUGGGGGGUGGUGACCCCCCCACCAGCGUGGGGUGGUUGAAGGAUGGGAGCACCUUGGUGGGUGCCCAGCCCCGCGCCAGCCUGCUGGAGAACGGCACCCUGCAGAUCACCAGCCUCCGGGUGACGGACUCUGGCCACUAUGAGUGCGUGGCCACCAGCCCGGCAGGCAGGACCCACUGGGGUGGCUCCCUGGAGGUGCAAGGUGACGGAUCCGACCUUUCCCCGCCUUCCCCCGAGCCUGGUGUCCUCCCGGGGCCACCCUCCACCCCCGUGGUCACCAACGUCACCCAAAGCAGCGUCACCCUGAGCUGGAAAAGGAACGAGGACAGCGGUGCCACCCAUGUCACCUCCUACAUCGUGGAGGCCUUCAGCCAGGUGGCAGGUGGCCCAUGGCAGACGGUGGCAGCCGAUGUGGAGGGGGAGACCCACACGGUGAGCGGCCUUGUCCCCGACACCGUCUACCUCUUCUUGGUGCGGGCAGUCAACGCCUAUGGCCUCAGCGACCCCAGCGGCAUCUCGGAGCCCGUGCGCACCCAAGAAGCCACCCCGACGCAGCCAGGGCUGGACCCAGAGCAGGUGCAGCGGGAGCUGGCACAAGUGGCUGUGCACUUACAGGAACCCGUGGUGCUGCCGCCGGGCGCUGUCCGUCUCUCCUGGACUGUGGAGCACCAAGCACCCUUCGUUCAGGGCUACCGGGUGCUGUACCGGCAGCGCGGCGGGCGCUGGGAGGAGGCACGGGCAGUGCAGGCGCCAGGGGAGCGAGGGGCCUUGCUCACCGAGCUGCGCCGGGGCCAGGACUAUGAGGUCAAGGUCCGACCCUACUUCCAUCACCUCCACGGCCCUGACAGUGCCGUGCGUGCCCUGCGCACCCCUGAGGCGGCACCCAGUGCCCCUCCACAAGCCGUCAGAGUGGCCAGUAACGGCACCAGUGUCCACAUCUCGUGGCAGCCACCACCGCCAGCUGAGCAGAAUGGUGUCAUCCGUGAUUACCGGAUUUGGUGCUUGGGCAACGAGAGCCGCUUCCACAUCAACCAGAGCGUGGAGGGGACGGUGCUGGCGACAGUGCUGCAGGGCCUGGUCCCUGGUGUCCCUUACCAUGCCGAAGUCGCCGCUGCCACCGGUGCCGGUGUGGGUGCCCGCAGUGCCCCCGUCCCCAUCCGCAUCGCUCCCCCGGCAGAGCGGGAUGUGGGGCUGGCGGGCGGGAGCAGUGUGGCCGAGCGUUUGGCCGAGGUGGCCAGGCAGCCGGCCUUCAUCGCCGGUGUUGGCGGCGCUUGUUGGGUCAUCCUCGCUGCCUUCGCCGCUUGGCUCUAUGGCCGCCGCCGGAGGAAGAAGGAGCUCAGCCACUUCACCGCAUCCUUUGCCUACACACCCACGGGUAAGCCCAUAGGUGCUGCAGGGACCCGGCGCGGCCCCUCGCUGCCCUCACCCCCACCUCUUUCCACAGUUGCCUUCCCGGCUCCAGCUCGUGGCAGCCCCAGGGCAGCUGCCGGUGGUGGUUACCCAUGGCUGGCGGACACAUGGCGUGGUGGGGGCACAGCCGGUGCCUCCGGUUGUUUGGGGACUGCUGAGAGAUACUACAACGAUGCCGGCAUCACCCGUUACAUCGCCCAGACAGAGCAAUUUGGGGUGGGGGCCGGCGAGGGGCCAGUUUACAGCACCAUCGAGGUGGGCAGCGAGGACCUCUGCACCUUCCCCCGUCCCUUCUCCCAGCAUGGGACCCCCUACACUGGGGGGGGGAAAAAGCUGGGGCAAGCAGUGAAACCACCAGUGGUGAGUUGGACGGAGCUGCUGCCCCCGCCGCCCUCAGCCAGUGAGCUCAGCCGCUGCACCCAGGAGGAGGAGGAGGAAGAGGAGGAUGAAGAGGAAGAGGCAGCCAGAGGGUUGGGGACAGAGGAGUGGUACCCCGGUGAGAAUAUCCCCUGUGCCACCGCCGCAUCCUCACCCACUGCCUCCUCUGGCUGCCGGUCCACUGCCACGUUGACGCCAUCACCCCAUGCCACCGAGGACAUCCCCCGCCUCCAUGACUUUGAUAGCCCCCGCCUGCCCCGGAGACCCCCCCAUGGCACCAUCACCCCUCCACGGGCAUCCAGCCCCUCACUGAGUCCAGAUGUCAGCGAGGGCCACCUGCCCCGAGCCCACCGCCCCACCGGCACAGGGAAAAACCGUGGGGAGACCCCAAAGAGUCGCCCGAAGCCCAAAUGCAGCCGCUACCGCCGGGAAAAGCAGCCAGGAGACUUGCCGCCACCGCCACUGCCGCCACCGGGUGAGAGCCCUGGCCCCUCACCGGAGCGGCAGCCGUGUGGGGUCGAGCGCAAGGUCACCCAUCGCCCAGCCCUCGGCGAAGAGGAUAUUCCUUACAGCAAACCCUCCUGCCUGCCCCGGGGGCAGGUGUCCGGCAGCUGCUCCACGACGGGCAGUGUUUCAUCUCGUGGCUCCACCGGGUCCCGCGGCCACGGCUCGGGGCGCAGCCGGAUGCCGGGGGACCGUGGUGAAGGGACCAGCCAUCGCCGCCGCCCGGGUCCCCCGUUUCCCUGCCCGUCGCAGGAGAAGCGAUGA